GAUUGUGCGCCCGCGCCACUCGCGAGUUGACGCUCUGCAUAUUAACACCUCGUCGUUUUCACUUUUAUUUUAAGUUUCUAACUUGUUUUUUUUUAAUUGUGAAUAUGGCACCAGUAUCUAAAAAUGAAGUGGUGGGCAUCGACGACGACCAACGAUUCGCUUUGAUGAAGUUUAGGAGAAGCGUAAAGGAUGUGCUGAAACCCGAACAUAAUGACCACUUUUUGUUAAGGUGGUUAAGAGCCCGACAAUGGGACCCUGAGGCCGCUGAGAAAAUGCUGAGAGAUUCAAUGAAAUGGCGGGAGAAAUGGGAACUGGACACCACAUUGCAGUCGUGGCAGCCGCCUGAGGUGCUGCAGAAGUACUUUCCCAGCGGCAGCACCGGCUUUGACAAAGAAGGCUCUCCAAUCAUAAUUGUCCCAUUUGUGGGUCUGGACGUAUGGGGAAUGCUGCACUCGCUGAGCCGGACGGACGUCAUCAGAAUGGUGCUCAAGACCCUGGAAGGAUACCUUGCGACCGCCAGGGAACAGGCGAUCACCCACGGCCCAGCUGCUUUGAAGAUGACAGUUAUCUUCGAUUUGGAAGGUUUUAACAUUAGGCAGUACGCGUGGAAGCCGGCUGCUGAAAUGGUGUUCACUCUUCUUCAGAUAUACGAGGCCAACUACCCAGAAAUUCUUAAAACUUGCUUCAUUGUCAAUGCACCCAAAGUAUUCUCCCUGGCGUUCUCAGUCAUAAAGAAGUUCAUGCACGAGUACACGAUAUCUAAGAUCAGGAUCUACGGCACGGACCCCAAGAAGUGGCAAUCUCAAGUGUUGAAUAUCAUUGACAAGGAUCAGCUGCCAGUACAUUAUGGAGGCAGUGUGUUGGAUGACAAUGAUGACCCGAGGUGCAGCCUUAUUGUAAGACCAGGUGGAAAAGUGCCAAAGUCAUACUACUUGAAAAACUGUGUGCCUGAAGACAAGAAGGAUUACACUCGGGUCACGAUCAAAACGGGAGAGAAACACGCGGUCGACUUGCUGUGUCCCGAUGCUGAGAGUGUGUUGAAAUGGGAGGUGGGGGUAGACAGCCACGACAUAAAGUUCGCGAUCAAGCGUCGCGACGCGGACGGCAACGAGUCGCUGGUGGUGCCCCCGCGCAAGCUGCUCGCCGGCCCCGCCGACGUCGGCGUCAUGCCCGUCACCGGACCUGCCACUUAUUCCAUAGUGUUCGACAACAAGAACGCGUUCCUGAGAAACAAGAAAGUGUUCUACGACGCCGUGAUCACCGUACCUGCGCAAGACCUCAAUAUAAACGAUAUGCCAGACGAAGUGACCGACCCCGUGGCGUCUUGUAGCUAAACUGUGAUAUUUACUUAAUAUUAAAUUGAGUUAUGACUAAUUGACUCGCCGCCUAAUAAGGCUUUUUUAGCUUGAGCCCGAUUGAAGUACAAUGCUUUUCAACCGUUUGAGAAUCCCGACUUUAAAGAAUUCAUCAUUAUAUUCUUGAAGGCUCAGAAAGUACAGUUGAAGUGGUAUAACUAUAACAUCGUAUAGGGAUUUGGAAAGUUGCUCUUCACCUUUUUUUGUACAAUAAAGAAUUUACACAUAUAAUAAAAGAAGAAUAAUAAGAAAGUAUUAGAUACUUACUCAUGUAGGCUGUAAUUAUGCAAUUUAAUUUUGUCCGUAUUUAAACCAUUGCAUUUAAUCAAGAUAUCUACAUUAUACUACUCGUGUGCAGCAGAAACGAAGCAAGCAAACUAUUUUUAUCAAAUGAUCUGAACCAGGCGAGGAAGAAAUCCUAAUAUUGUAAUUAGUGUGUUUAAAAUUAUUAUUAAGUACUUAGUACAAUUUUUGUGAUGGUAAGUUGGUUUAGGCAUGCAUGAGCCGUAUUUUGGAGUAUGACCUCAUACCGGAUGGGGCAAGACUGCCACACGGGAGGAUGCAUAACAUUUCUUUUAAAUAUUCGACAUCCAUAGCCAAACCAUAGCUUUAUCAAUUUUAUAAAAUGUACAUAAAACUAAAUACAAAUAGAUAUAAAUAUAGGUCAGUGAUAAAAUAUUUCUACUAUAAAGGUGCUCAAACAAUCUAGUGUAUCAUGGUAGAUACAAUGUAUGAUAAGGUUUUAUACUUGUUAAAAUAAAAGAUAUAUUU